AUGACAAAUGAAUCCAAUGAAGAAUGGAAGCGUCUAAAUAUUUUAAAAGGUAAAUGUUCAUUUAGUCAAGAACGUAUUUGGAUUGAUGAACAAAUACGAGAAAGUCUUAUAAAAAAUGAUGAAAAUUUAUAUAAUUAUAAUCGACUUAUUGUUUAUAAAAUUGAUGAUGGAUAUUUAUCAAUAAAACGUUUACAUAAAUCAAUUGAGCUUGUUUUAAAUAAACAUGAAAUAUUUCGAACAUCAUUAGAAUAUGAUUUAAAUGAAAAUUAUUUAAAGCAAACAAUAAAUAAAUUUGAUAAAGAUAAUUAUUCAUAUCGAUUAACUUAUCUAAAUGAUAAUAAUAUUGAAACUAUUAAUAAAAUUAUUUAUAAUGAAGAAAUCUCAACUGAUUUUGAUUUGAAUAAAGGAAAAAUAUUUCGUUAUCAUUUAUUAAAACAAAUGAAUGACGAUAAUAAAAAUACAUUAUUUAAAAAUGAUUAUAUUCUAUUUAUAUUUCAUCAUUCAUCCAUUGAUCAAUAUUCGAUUUAUUUAUUUUUAAAAGACUUAACAAAUGCAUAUCAAAAUGAAAAAUUAAACUCAAAUGAAAAUCAAUUAAGAUUUAUUGAUUAUUCACAAUAUGAACGUCAAUUAGAUUUAACUAAUAGUGAAGAAUUUUGGUUAAAUUUAUUUUCUGAUUAUAAUUUCAAUCAUCAAAUAAAACUUCCCUACGAUAAUAAAUUAAAUGAUAUUAUAUCAACAGGAUCAUUUUAUGCAUUUAGUAUUGAUCCAUCUUUAACAAGACAAAUAUUUCGAUAUAAACAAAAAUUAAAUAUUAAUUUAUUUCGAUUGUUUCUAUCUACAUAUUAUAUUUAUUUAUUCAAAUUAACACAAGAUACAGAUAUAUGUAUAACAAGUAUGACACAAAAUCGUAUCAAACAACAGUUAAAUAAUAUAAUUGGACCUUUUGAAAAUUUAAAUGUUUAUCGACAUGAACUGGAUCCACAUGAAUCAUUUACUAAAUUUAUUGAGAAAAUUCAAAAUUUAACUUCAUUAAUAAAAGAUAAUUCCUAUUAUCCAUAUCAAAAUUUAAUAUCGUAUACAAGAAAAUAUUCUUCAAUUAAAUAUCCAUUUAAUCAAAUAUCAAUAAGAGUUAUUAUUGAUGAUUAUCAAUUGAAUUUUGAUCUAGAUCAAAAUCUUAUAUUAAAACAAAUUUUAUUUAGAAAUCAUCAAUUAUUUAAACGAGAUGAUAAAUUAACACCAUUCCAUUUAACAUUAAAUAUAAUUUGUUAUUUAGAUAAACAAUCGUUUGAAUUUUAUUUUGAGUAUUCAAAUAAAUUAUUUGAAGAAAAAACAAUUGAACUAUUAUCACAAAGAUAUAUUAAAUUACUUAAACAUUUAUUUGAUGUUUCAUCCAAUUUUGAUUUAGAUGAUGAACCUAUUUAUAAAUUAUCAAUUAUUUUACCAGACGAAGAAAGACUUAUGCAAAAUAUUAAUAAUGUUAAUUAUUCAUAA